CAAGCAACAUAAUCAUGUACUAAACUCAUUUUUUUCAACUGUGCUAAAUUUUUGCGCGUACUAAACAGCUGUUGCGUUUUCAGGGUGACCACACGACGAUUAAAUGCAGUGCUGCCAGAUGUUUUUGCUACUGCCGCCGCCCACUUCACGUCUGUUCGACAAAUCAAAACAUUCAGACACAAUAAUAUGCCGCUUGUUGUUGCUAGCAUUCGCCGAGUCAACGCAAUGGUGUACGUGUACUUGCAACCCUCCAGGAGUCGCCGUCACCCAGCUGCAUUGCAGUUGUUGUCUGUGCACGCGGCGCAAGGACGCUAAAACACAAAUUUCCAUCAACAACAAAAAUCUGAAUAUCGCUUCCGUCCAAAACUGAAACGAUUACAGGUCCAAUACGGUGUCAAAGGGCAAGGUGCAGAGUUCAGCUAACCAAUCGAUGCCCCACUGCCACACAAUGGUCUAUUUGCGCAUUGUGCUCACCACGCUGGUGAUAAUAACGUGCCUGCUCGGCGACAAUUUCGUGGAGCUGACACAGCAUCCGCUGCUGAAGGCCCUGGCAGACAAUGCCACGCAUGCCGCGAUUGGCGCUCUGACGGGCAUCGCAUUUGCCAUGCAGUUCUAUGAGCGCACAACUCAGCUAUUCGGCUGGAUAUUGAUUUUCAGCUGCUUUGUGGUCUCCUCGUUUAUUGAUCUGGAUCAUUUUAUAGAGGCGCGCUCGCUCUACUUGGAGGAUGCCACCAAUCUGUCGCGACGGCCAUUCUUGCACUGCUCAAGCAUUGUGCUGGCCAUGCUGUUAUUUUAUAUAUGCACCGCGUGCCUGAAUUACUUCCGCAGCAGCUUGCUUCUGGGCGCCCUGCUUUGUGCAUUUAUUACGCAUCAUACGAGGGACGCUGUGCGACGAGGAUAUUGGAUUUGGCCCUUCUACGACCAUACAGACCGCAUACCGCAGCUGGCCUACAUUGUUGGCACGGUUCUUACGCCCUAUCUGCUGGGCUAUUUGCACAACGUUUGCCGAAGUACUUUGGUCAUCAACUUCUUGGGUCAAUAUGUUAAGCUUAGUGAAAGUAAUUAUCGAAGUGGCUACGACUCAGCCGUUGCAUAUCGCUAUUUGCAGCAGGUGUAAGUCUAUGAUACGAUAACUGAACAAUUAAUAUGGAACUGCUACAACAAAUGCUUUUUAGGCUUCAAGCAAAAUAAGUUAGCUUUAAGGAAAACUAGACACAAUAGCUUCCAUAUGACAGGAGACUAUUUUAUUACAAAUCCAUAUGAAGCAUAUACGAAUACAUUAAGGAGGUUUUUACUCAUACCCAGCACAAAGACAAUAUCCAAAUUAUGUGAUAUUUUAGCAUAGGUCUGUAGCUCAUAUUGUUAGUCUAGCGCACAACUAAUCGAUUGAGAAUUUUCAAUUUUAACAUAUAUUAUCACAGGCAAAAACCCAUUACAAUUAUUAGAGCUAAGAAAGGAUUUUAAUUAAUGAAUGCUAAAGGGAAAAUUUAUAAAUUGCUGUUGCAUCAGCACAAAAAGACAGUGGAUAGUUAAUGUGACUAAGAUGGUAAAAUUUCAAGUAUUAAACACGCUAUUAAAUCACGA